AUGAAGUACACAACUGCCGCCGUUCUCCUGCCCGUGGCCUCGGCAGCCAGCAUUGAUGCCCGCCAAGCCACCGAACUGAAGUACGAGAUCAGCGAUUUCUCAGCAGCCUGCACGGCCGGAAGCAUCUACUGUUUUUACGAAGUCAGCAUAGUUACUAGCAACAACCCCGAAUUCAAACAGGGCUGUGAUGCGAUGGGGACGAGUGACAACGGCGAGCUGCCCGCCGUCAGAAAGACCCAAUGCGGAACAUACACCAUCUCGGUCGCCAAGUUGGACGAUGGCGGAUUGGUUCUGACCAUUAAUUCGGGCCUGGAACGGCUUACGGGAACCUUCACUAUCUCUAGCGACGACUUGACUACUACGACGUCGGGCGAGAGCACGGUGCAGUCGUACGCGGGCGACUCCGCCUUCACCAUCGACAUCAAGAACGCGUCUUCUGCUUCGGCUUCUGCCUCGGGCGCUACUGCUUCUACUCCCACUGCAUCACCGGCCUCCUUUGUGUCUCCAUCUGCCUCAAGUGCUUCUCGUACUACUGCCUCAGAGCCAUCCGCCACGAGUACUACGACUCUAAGCUCCGCCAGCCCCAGCGAGACCAGUGAUGCGACUCGGGAAAGCGCAUGCGCUGGUGUCCUGUUUGCUAUUGGUCUGAUGGCCUUUACUGUUCAGAUAUAA